GUAAGAUUGCACUGGACAGCACCGCGCACACCACACACCCGCGCCAUUGACAGCAGGGGAUAUGGUCUCAAGAUGACUGAGAUUUAUCCAUCACUCACCCAGUGUGCCAUAGUUGCCACAGCCCUCAAAGUCCUCUUGUUCCCGGCCUACAAGUCCACAGAUUUUGAAGUCCAUAGGAACUGGCUGGCUAUCACACACAGCCUCCCUCUCCGGGAAUGGUACUAUGAGGAGACGUCAGAAUGGACUCUGGACUACCCUCCUUUCUUUGCAUACUUUGAAUGGGUAUUAUCCCAGGUCGCAAAGCUGGUUGACCCAGCAAUGCUCAAGGUCUACAAUCUCGGAUAUGAUAGCUGGCAGACCGUCUACUUCCAAAGGUCAUCCGUUCUGGUCACGGAACUCUUGCUAGUCUAUGCCUUGCAGCUCUACGUCGACUCGUCUCACGGGGCUACCAAGAAGGCUGCACAGGCAGCUGCCAUAUCCAUCCUGCUCUCGCCGGGACUGCUUCUCAUCGACCAUAUCCAUUUCCAGUACAAUGGGUGCAUGUACGGCCUCCUCAUUGUAUCUCUGGUCUUGGCAAGGAAGCACGCUGGCUUGCUGGGCAGCGGGCUUGCCUUUGCGGCACUUCUGUGUAUGAAGCACAUCUACGCCUACCUGGCCCCGGCCUACUUCGUCUACCUCCUCCGGGUCUAUUGCCUGUCUCCCAAAUCCGUCUUUCGCAUCCAAUGGCUCAACUGCAUCAAGCUGGGUGGAGGUAUCGCCGCCAUUCUCGCCGCUGCCUUUGGCCCAUUUGCCCUCCAGGACGUGGGCCAGCUUUGGCAAAUGAAGGAGAGGCUCUUCCCAUUCGGCCGAGGGCUAUGCCACGCUUACUGGGCACCCAAUGUCUGGGCCCUGUACUCGUUCUCUGAUCGCAUCCUCAUCUACCUGGCGCCGCGUCUUGGGCUGCCUGUCAAGCCCGAUGCACUGUCCAGUGUGACUCGUGGCCUCGUCGGCGACACAUCAUUUGCGGUGCUUCCUGACAUCACCCCCGGCAUCUGCCUUAUGCUCACGCUGGCAUCCAUGGCUCCGCCUCUGAUCAGGCUAUUCUGGAAGCCGACCUGGGAUGCAUUCAUUGGUGCUGUAACGCUUUGCGGCUACGCGUCGUUUCUGUUCGGCUACCAUGUGCACGAGAAGGCUGUCCUGCUGGUCAUCAUCCCCUUCAGCCUGAUCGCCCUCAAGGAUCGCCGGUACUUUGGGGCAUUCCGGCCGCUGGCAGUCGCAGGGCACGUCUCUUUAUUCCCACUCCUCUUCACCCCGGCCGAAUUCCCCAUCAAGACGGUCUACACCAUCUUCUGGCUCAUCCUGUUCCUCAUGGUCUUUGACCGCCUGGCGCCAGCUUCCAGCAGGCCGAGGUUCUUCCUCUUCGACAGGUGCAAUACGCUCUACAUUGCCAUCAGCAUACCCUUGAUCGCGUAUUGCUCCCUGGUCCACGAGCUUGUGUUUGGCCAGAAUUACGAGUUCCUGCCGUUGAUGUUCACCAGUGCAUACUCUGCACUAGGUGUGGUUGGCAGCUGGGUUGGAUUCAACGUAGUGUAUUUCACUUCGUAGGUAGAGACCAUCAAGAAGCAUACACGACAAUGUCAAGCGACUACUGUGGUAACAACCCCUGGGGACGUGAUACCGCAGAGGCUUGGCCUGGGAGCGAGGGAUGCUCAUUGCUCGCAGCCGAGGACAGCGGCAGGGGGACUGCCCCAGCGCCCAAAGGGGAAUAGCGCCCCACGUGUGCCGGCCCAGAGUCCCAGACAGACCUUGUUCCUAUGUGACAAUGUAUCGCCCUGAGUCGCUGAUAAGGUUGCACCACAGUCCAAGGCGUCCGGAAGAGGGUGCCGCAGGUGUCCCAUAACUCGGCAGCGGGAAGUGACUUUGGCAGGGCGGCACAGGACAUACCCUUGAAUGUUUACCACGUCAGUACCUGUGCGCCUCCAACAACCCAACUCUGCAUCUCUACUCAUUUGCCUCUCGCGAUGCUCUCGUGGGCGUGCCUCUUGUCGCGGGCUCUCGCUCCCUCAGACUGAAGCUUCAGGACAAUUCGCGUCUGUAAAGGUCGUCUGGAUAGUACGGUUGUCGUAUUUGCACGGAUGUAGCGGCCAAGUAUAGAACUUUUUUUCCAAGAGGCUGAGCGGGAGAUGCACAUCGAAUGGAUCUAUGUGCCUGCCUAUAUUAUAUCAUGGAGAUGGGCUGGCUUCGGCUGCUAGACCGCGCGGUUUGGUGCAAGUUGCCGCACGACAAGUGAGGAUCACUGCUGGUUCGUGGGGAUUCGAGUGGAAAUUCGAAGAAUGGGAAUUAUUGUGGCAGAACAUGAUCUAGUCAGUGAGCACCCAGCACAGCCGGCUGAGGCUCAACGGCGUCCGACGCGCGCGUAAUGAUACUUGGCCACACGGGCCCGGCGCUUGAGCUGACUAUGGGGAUCCGGGUCGAGUGGGUCGAAAAACAGAGGUUGCAGUGACAGGAGGGAGCAGGUGAACGGGUUGCGCUCUUGCACUGCAGGAAUUGCAGGCCGUGAUGUGGCAUAAUGGGCGGGCGCGGGUGGUGCAGAAGUGGGAGUGGCUG